AUGCCAGCUCCAGCUGUGCUCAGGGCCGUGGGCCUGGGAGCCGCGCUCCUGAGCCACAUGCGCCCAGUUGCAGCUCAAAACAUCGUCGCAAAUCUCACAUCCUGCCUCGAGUCCGAAACCAUCUGGACCACUGCCGAACAAAUCAGCUUCUCCAUCUGCGACGGCACCACCUACCAGGCAGGCGGCAAGUCUCUGCAGAUUAUUGAGGACGUCUGUGGCACCCGUGAGUGCGUCGGCUACUGCCACGAGAACCCAAAGUGUGUUCUUGCUUUCUACGACAAGGAGGCCAGGACAUGCCACAUCAAGGACAGCGAGAGCGGGGAGGAUCACAUUUGGGCUCAGGAUUCCAACUGUGACGCCAUCAGGAAGUUGCCGCCCGAUGCAGGCAGCGGUGGAGGCAACUCUGGCGAUAACACCUCUCCCACGUCUUCCGCGCUCCCUACGGCGGCCCCUACAGCGGCUCCUACCACGUCUUCCUCCGCUGCCUCCUCGGCAGCUCCUACCACCACCUCGAGCACGGCCCCUAUCGCAUCCCCUCCCACCAGCGUCCCCGGUACUCCUGGAAAGGAGCCUGUUAUCCCCCCUGUCAAUGGAAACGACCUCCAGGACGGCGCUUUCUUGGCCAGCUGCCCGGGCCAGCAAACCGAGUUCAAGGGCGCCAACGCCAAAUACCUCAUCUGCCCCGGAUCCGACUACGACGGCAAGACGGAGCGGGUUUUCAACGGUGUUGCCAGCGCCCAGGCUUGUGCCGAGGCCUGCGCAAACGCCAAGGACUGCAAGAAGGCCGCGUACGACAGCCAGACCAAGGAUUGCCACGUCAAGGGCGCCGAGCCUCGCUACUCUCUCUUCUUGGUCAAAGCGCAGCAUUACACCACCAUUCGCGUCGAGGCCGCCCUGGACGCCUCCAAGGUCGGCCGCUGGUCUGACCUUAUCCGCUUCCCCGUCAUCCCCGUGGCCGCCUACGUUGUUCCCUCGUUCCCGGAGCCCAGCAAGCUCAUGUUCUUCUCGUCCUGGGGCGUCGACGCCUUUGGCGGACCCAGCGGACUGACCCAGUUUGGAUCUUUCGACCUCAAGACGGGCGCCGUCAGCCAGCGCGAGAUUAGCAACACCAAGCACGACAUGUUCUGCCCAGGCAUCAGCGCCUUAGCUGACGGUCGCAUCCUCGUCCAGGGUGGCUCCGACGCCGCCGCUGUCAGCGUCUACGAUCCCGCCACCGACUCCUUCUCGCGCGUUCAGGACCUCAAGAUGGCCCGUGGCUACCAGUCGUCUGUCACCCUGUCCGACGGCCGCGUUUUCACCGUCGGCGGCGCCUACUCGGGUGCUCGCGCGGGCAAGAACGGCGAGGUCUACGACGCCGACGCCAACACCUGGUCUGCGCUGUCCGACGCCGACGUCAAGCCCAUGCUGACCAAGGACCACGAGGGCAUCUGGCGCGAAGACAACCACGCCUGGCUCUUCUCGUGGCGCCAAGGCUCCGUGUUCCAGGCCGGCCCCUCCAAGAAGCAGCACUGGUACGGUACCAAGGGCUACGGCGCCAUCGUCGAGGCCGGCACGCGCGACGACGUGGACGCCAUGUGCGGCACCUUUGUCAUGUACGACGCCACGGCCGGAAAGAUCCUGACGGCUGGUGGCGCUCAGGACUACGACAAGUCCGACGGCAACACCCACGCCCACAUCACCACCAUCGGCGAGCCGGGCACCCGCUCCAACGUUGAGCGCGUCGGCGACAUGGCCUUCCCCCGCGCCUUUGCCAACACGGUCGUCCUGCCCGACGGUCGUGUCAUCGUCACGGGCGGUCAGCGCAAGGCCCUUGUCUUCACCAACACGGACGGCAUCCUCAUCCCCGAGGUGUUCGACCCGGCCUCCAAGACGUGGUCGCAGAUGGCGCCCAUGGCUGUGCCGCGCAACUACCACUCCGUCUCGAUCCUCCUGCCCGACGCCACCGUCUUUGUCGGCGGUGGCGGCCUGUGCUACGUCAACAAGAUCAAGGGCAGCUCCGCGCGCUGCGACAAGACGGUUGACCAUGCCGACGGCGAGAUCUUCGAGCCACCCUACCUGUUCAAGGCCGACGGCUCACGCGCCGACCGCCCUGCCAUUGCCAACCUUGAGCGUGAGCGCGUCAACGCGGGCGAGACGCUCGUCUUCUCCGUGGGCGGCGCCGAAAACGUCAAGGACUGCAAGUUCUCGCUCGUCCGUGUCGGCACCGUCACCCACUCGGUCAACACUGACCAGCGCCGCGUGCCGCUCACCGACAUCAACGUGCGCGCCGACGGCAAGGUCGAGGCCAAGCUGCCGGCCGACUACGGCGUCCUGACGCCGGGCUUCUGGUACCUCUUUGCCAUGUCGCCCUCGGGCGUGCCCAGCGUCGCCAGGACGGUCCAGGUCACCCUGACGGCCAAGGCCAAGGCCAAGGUGGCUCUCUGGGGCUGA